AUGUGAUGUGACAACAUGGCUACUGCCUCACCAUCUCGUGUGAAAGACUGUUAUCUUUGCUCUUCUUCUUUAAAAGACUCAGUUGUUUUAAGAUGCUGUCACAGUUUGUGUAAAAGCUGCUUACAGAGCUAUUGGGAGUUCAACAAGACUCUGGAUUGUCCUGUUUGUUUAAAGGAGACUCACUGUUCUGUGCUUCUGCAGUAUCUGAGUGUUUCCCGCUUUGCCACCGUGCGUAAAUUCUCUCAUGACAGCAACGCAAAACCAAACCAUGCUAGGAAAGCAGAAACUGUGAUGAGAGAGCAGUCAAGUGAAACCAGGGACGAGGAUGUAUAUGCAGAUGUGAUGCUACAUGACGUAAUUCCUUCAACAAGUGAAUCUGAAGAGGAACCUCAUCCACCACCCACAGCUACAUCGAAAUCGUUGAGGUCCAUCCUGUGUGUAAAAUGCGGCAAGAGAUUCGAAAAAAAAUCUGACCUGAGAGCUCACGAAAAAGUGCACGCCUUAAGAAAGCCGUAUCAGUGUUCCACCUGUGGAAAGAGUUACGCUGGGAAAGAUGAGCUUACUUUACACAUGCGUCUGCACACAGGUGAGAAGCUGUUUAACUGCCCUCACUGUGAGAAAAAGUUCACCAGAGAGAAAUGUUUGAAGUCCCACUUAAGGAGCCACACAGGGGAAAAGCCGUUCUCUUGUUCUCAAUGUGGGAAAAGUUUUUCUCAAAAAAGUGCCGUAAAAAAUCACCUGCGGCUGCAUGCAGGAAAUCUGCCUUAUCAGUGUGAUCAUUGCGGAAAGCUUUUUAACAGUGCAGGUGCUAUGAGGAGCCACAAGGUGACCCACACCGGUGAGAGGCCUUUUCCAUGUCCACAAUGUGACAAAAAGUUUAUCCUAAAGAUUGAGCUGAAGACUCACCUCUAUAGCCAUUCAGGAAUCAAACCAUUCAGCUGUUCAGUGUGUGGGAAGAGUUUCGUAACGAAGCAGGUACUUAACACUCAUCAGGUCGUUCACAAGGACGACCGUCCCUUUCACUGCACACAGUGCGAGAAAAGCUUCAAAAGGAUGAGCCAUUUAACAUCACACAUUAAGACCCACAGCUCUGACACCCCUUACAAGUGCACCUACUGCAGCAAAUCCUUCAAACUUCCCUUCUACCUUAAACUGCAUGAGAGUAUUCACAGUGAAGAGAAGCCUUACAGCUGUGAGAAGUGUGGAAAAAGCUUUCGUUUAUCAGGUGAUUGCACCAAACAUCAGGCUGUACAUUCAGAGGAAAAACGGUACAAGUGCUCAGUCUGUGAUAUGAGGUUUCGCUUCAACAGUUCGCUGAGGAGCCACAAAGCCGUUCACUCUGAGGACAAACCUUACCACUGUGAGAAGUGUGGAAAGAGCUUCAACAGACUCGAUACCCUGAAAAACCAUAGAGCGAUCCACACUGAUGAAAGACCUUAUAAGUGUUCUCAAUGUGAUUUGGCUUUCAAGACUUCAUCUUCGCUCAGGUUACACAAAAUGAUUCACUCCAAGACCCUGCUGCACUGCAGCAUCUGUGACAAAACCUUCACUCGCCAAAAAUCCUUCAAAAUUCAUCAAGACGUUCAUGCAGGGAUUCAAGUCUACAAAUGCUCUGAGUGUGGAAAAUGCCUGAGCUCGGCAAGUCACUUGAAGAACCACAUGGAGCAACACUUUGAAAGGAAAAUGUACCACUGUGCUGAGUGUGAGAAGAGUUUCACCACAGUGGGAUGCCUGAGGAAGCACCAGAAGAUGGUGCACAUUGAUGAGAAGCUGUAAAUAAUACCAAAGGGAUACUGGUUACUAACCAGCUGCAACAUUCAGGACAGAAGGAGCACACUUGCUCCCAUUGCGGGAAGGUAUAGAUGUAUAGAGAGGAUCGGUUGGCA